AUGCACUCGCCGAGCACAGCUGCCACGCCGGCCGCACCCACGACCGUCCUCGAGGGCCAGAAGCCCUCCCUCAACUCGCCGCCUGAUGAGCCCGUCGUCGCCCACUACAUGGCCCUGCUCGCGAGCCUGAUCAGCCAGCUCGCCGCACUCGUCCCACAAGGCCCGCCGCCCGCCCUGCACGCCGCAGACGCCCUCGCCCGAGCCACGACCUGGACCGACCUCCGCCUCUCGCUGCGCGACUCGUUCGCCUCGCCCGAGUACAUCUUCGGCGCGCGCAGCCCGGACCACAUCGCCAAGAAGUGUGCACAUCACGUCGUCCUCGCCCUCCAUCGCCUAGGCGCCGCCAAACUCGCGCGCAACGUCGUCGAGCACGAGAAGGCCGCGUUGGGCGCCGCCCAGGGCGGGCACGAGGCGGGCGAGUGGACGGGCAUGGUCGAGCUGCUGGCAUGGGUCCGUGCUGUCAAGCGGGUCUUGUCGCUGUCGACGAACGGCGCAAGCAGCACCUUUACGACGACUACGCCACAGAGCGCGCAUGUCGCAGCCGCUCCUCCUGUCGCCGAGCCUCGCCCACCCGCAGCGCCGUCCCUCGCCAACUCGACCUCGCCGGCGCCCGCCGCGUCAAGCUCGUCGUUCAGCUUUGCGCCACCACCAGCUCCCGGCUCGCUCGCCGAGAAGGCCAAGAAGCUCAAGGCCAAGAAGGAGGCGAGGCUCUCGUCCGCGCCGUCCGCCUCGCCGUCGACUGAGCCAGUACCGCCAUCGUACGCCGUGUCCGCGACUCCCGACGUCGUCACGCCGUCGCAGCACGUCCUCGAGAGCAGCGUCGGCCGCUCGAGGACGGCCGCCGAGGUCGCCGGGAGUGAGUUGCUCUCGGACUCGCCGCUGUCGGCAGCGCCGUCGACACGCUCGCCGGAGCUUCCCGCUACGCCCGUCGUCGCCGAGGCCGUCGAGCCGUCCGCCACGACCUCGUCCUCCUCGACAACCGCACCUCCCCCUCCUCCUGCGCCGCUCCCGUCCGGCCCGCCCUCGGCCGGCUUUGCGCCACCCGCCGCUCCCGGCACCGCCUUCGAGAAGCCCGCCAAGGCGCGCAAACCGCGCUCCACGUCGUCGACGCCCGCACCCGUAGCAGGCGGCGCUGCCGAGCGGCCGACGAGGCGACGUCGUGCGCCGCUCAAGCUCACGGCCGAGCACGAGUCGGACGACGACGAGUGGGACGACGCGGCGAGCUCUGGGGCCGGCAAAGGCCGGCGGGCCAAGCGGCGCAGCUCGGUCGGGCUCGGCGGUGCGGCCAAGAAGCGGCGAGGCGACACGCUCGAGGGUGUCGACGACGACGAGGACGAGGUGGACGAGCUCGCGAGCGACUACGAGGAGCAGGUCGAGCGCAAGGCCAAGGCCGAGCGGGAGCGGCAGAAGAGUCGCGCGCGCGAGGAGGAGGCCAACCGCAACCGGUUCGCCGUCCAGAGCUGCGUCAUGGUCAAGUUCCCCAACUACUCGUGGUUCCCGGCCGUUGUACUCGACCCGGCGACGGCGCCUCCAGAGACGCAGGGCAAGCGCGUCAAGUCGGCGUACCUCGUCAAGAGCAUUCCCUCGGGCGGCGACCACCGAUGGGUCGCGCCAGACGACGGCUCGAUCCUGGCGAUCCAGCCGACGCAGCUCGACGACAUCCUGCUCGGGCGGUACAAGUCGCCGCCGCCGCAGAGCUGGGUCAAGUGGCGCAGCGAGCUCGUCGAGGCCGUCAUGCUCAUCAAGAGCCCCGAGCGGCUCGCCAACUGGCUGUCGCGCCCGACCGACCUCGAGGUGCAGCUGGCGGCCAAGGCCGAGAAGAAGCGGGCGGCCAAGGCGGCGUCGUACUGGUGAGCGGGCGAGCGCGCUGGUCGCGCACUGUGUAGCGCUCUCUAUCUCGCGACCGCAAUGGCCAGGAGAGACUCUCACG